CAAUAACAAAGCACGUGGGAAUCGCGGAUCAGCUGACUAACGUAAACAAACAAGAGUUCAUUCAUCGUUUCCAUUCGCUCGAGGAAGGACCAGUACUUAUGCAGAAUGCUUUGUAACUUCAGUAGAUUGAAACCAAUGUCAUGCAGGACUUUGUGGUUUCAGCAAAAGGGACUUGGAAGGUUAAUCUCUAGUCCUACACUGUAUCAACACCACCAGCAGAUCUCCUAUAAACAUGAAAUUGCUGGAAAGUUUUCAGUAUCAGACAGUGGGAAAAAGUAUGGAAGAGGAAAAGAACAGCAUGGUUCUAGAUUCAGACACAGUAAUAUGGUAAACCUACUAGCAAGUCUAGUAGGAACGGCCACAGUUGUCAGUAUAGGAACUGCACUUUGUGAGAGUCAAGAGGAAAAGAAAGACCUAUUGCCAGAUGAUGUUAAGCACCACCCACAAGGAAAAGAUGUUGUAGCCACAGAACUUCUGGAGAAAAGCGAAGACACGAGUGAAGAGCAGAAGCCGAGAGUAAAUGACGAAGAGCAGAACGGUCAACCAGCUAGUGAUGAAGUGCAAGGUGACAGAAAGAGCAGAAUUAAUGAAGCUGUAAAGCAGUCUCGGAAACUCUUGAAAAGACGCAUGAUUGAGUCAGGAGCACCAGGGCUAGCAGUUGCAGUGUCUGUCAACGGGGAAACAUUAUGGGAAGAUGGUCUCGGGUUCGCGGAUUUAGAGAACAACGUCCGCUGUACCCCAGUGACCGUCAUGCGCAUAGCCAGUAUCAGCAAGUCGCUCACGAUGACUGCCGUGGCCAAGCUAUGGGAGGAAGGGAAGCUCGAUCUCGACGCUCCCGUGCAGAAAUACAUACCCAGUUUCCCCAUUAAGAAAUUUGAGGGCGAAGAGGUAACGAUAACAACACGACACCUCCUGAGCCACCAGUCAGGGAUUCGCCACUACGCCCUGAAGGACCCUAACAAGAAGGAGAAGAAGGAAAAGAAUGACAGCACGGGAGGCAAGAAGGGGGCGGAGUCGAGGGUUGAGGGGGAGAGUGGGGAAAUCAAGAAGAAAGAUGAAGGAGCUGGAGAGAAAAGGGGGAAGACUAAACAGGCUAAGGAGGACAGUGGGGAAAAGACGAUGGCAGAAAAGGCACCGUCAGAAGUGCAGGGGAAGGAGGACAGCGAAAGCAGUGAGAGUUCGCAGUCUGUUGUGGAGACGAAGAAAGCAGAGCUGGAGAAACUCUUGAAAGGCAAAGCGAACAAGAAGAGAAAGAGCAAGAGAAAGGAAGAAGAGGAAAACGAGUUUGACAUGCAGGAGUAUUACAUCAAGGAGAAAUUUGAGUCCAUAGAGGAGGCUCUCAAACUGUUUCAAGAUGAUGAGCUAUUCUUUAAGCCAGGCACUGGUUACCUCUACACGACCCACGGCUGGACAGUUGUUAGUGGCGUGGUUGAAGGCGCGGCAGGCAAGCCAUUCACCAAAGUCGUCGCACAGUUGUUUCACGAACUGGGAUUAGAGAAUACCUACCUGGACGUGUAUACUCCUAUCAUCUACAAUAGGGCCAGGUUAGUAGGCAGUAAGAGGAUUAGCCUUCGUAUUUAUUGUAUGAUAGUCAACCCAGGACUGCCUGGUUACCUAAAGUGGAAAACUAUGAAGGAACUCUGGACCCCAGUAUCAGGCCCUAAUCCCUCCAAUGGGUAUGGGCUCGGCUGGGGUGCCGUCGAGGACAGUAUCAAGUGUGCGUUUUGCCGUGAGAACAGGCAGUGCGCGUCUCACACUGGGGGUGCCAUAGGUGCUAGCAGUGUCCUUCUCAUACUGCCUCAACCUGGGGUGCUAAAGGAGAACGGGGAGGGGAAACUCCCAAAGGGUGUCGUGGUGUCGGCAAUAUGCAACAUGCAGAGUGUUGCCCUCAGGAAAGUGGCGUUGGAGAUUGCCAAGAUUUUUGAGAAAGUUUGAUGUGUGCUGGUGUCUAUUUUUAUUGUUUCUCUUUCUUUUCCCUUUUGUAAUGGUUAUGUGAUUUUAUAUUUCAUAUGUUGCUCCUCCCUUUUAAUGAUUUAAGCCUUAGAUUGAUGUAGGGGAUUGGAGCAUAUUUGGUUUGAAACAUAUAUUCUGAUUUACAUGCACAAAAAUAUAUAUACAUAUCUUUUCUAAUGACAAAAUCUAGAGUGAACUAAGGAAUACAAGAACAGUCUGUAGUUAUUUAUAAUUAAUGAAAGGAAUAAAAGUAAAAAAGAGAAAAGAGAAAUCAUUUCCACCAUGAAAGAAGCAGUGAAUAAUAAAAGCUGGAACAAUUCUUAGCGAAAUGGCCAUUAUUGAAAUGAAAUACGCAGACAUAAGAAUUCACAUACACUAAAAUGUUCUCUUAAUUCCUAUUAUAAAUAUUAGUUGUAUCUCUUUAUAGUUCACAUUCUUGCUCAGUUGCUUUCUCUCUCUUUUUUCUCUCUCUCUUCCUUGUUCUCAUCUUCAGUCCCUUUCUGUCUUUCAUUUUCAGUCUCUUUUUGUCUCUCAUUUUCUCUC